GAGAGAGGCAGAGAGUAAGUGGUGAGCGUCAGGCUUUUUUGGCAGGGUCAACCAGUGGGAGGGCCCAUUGUGAUGCAACGUUGCAUAAAUAAUGCCACGGGGCUUCUAAAUGCUCCGUUGCCAUGGGGACCUUUGUGCCUCAGUGCACCCUGUGUGUGUGUGUGUGUGUGUGUGUGUGUGUGUGUGUGUGUGUGUGUGUGUGUGUGUGUGUGUGUGUGUGUGUGUGUGUGUGUGUGUGUGUGUUGCAUGUCCCCCAAGGAGGUAGAGAGAAAGAGGCGCUGAGUUGCAGUCAGCUCAAGUGACACUUGUAGUCUCUCUCUCUCUCUCUCUCUAGCUCUCUCUCCCUCUCACUCUCUCUCUCUCUCUCCCCCCCCUCUCUCUCUCUCUCUCUCUCUUGCUCUCCUCGCUCUGUGUGAGUCGGGACAGACGAGUGUUUGGAGGAAGGAGAGGGAACAUUGUUGUUGCUUUUUGACUGGAGAGGAGAGAAGAAGAAGAGCGGGAUAGUGUUAGACUGUGUCCAUGUUCAGUAUGGUCCAUGUGAAGGAGUUGCAGUUUGAACGUCUGACCAGGGAGCUGGAAGCCGAACGACAGAUUGUAGCCAGUCAGCUGGAGAGAUGCAAGCUUGGCUCUGAGACUGGAAGCAUGACAAGCAUCAGUUCAGCAGAUGAGAAAUUUCGCUGGAACAACCAAGAUGGACAGAAGGACAUCGAGGAGGAGCUGACCACAGGCCUGGAGCUGGUCGACUCCUGCAUCCGCUCGCUUCAGGAAUCAGGCAUCUUAGACUCACAGGACACUUCAGGAGACAGACAAGGACUUCUGUCGCAGAGUGCUCUCCAGCUCAACAACCAGGAUGCCUAUGCAGCAGCAGGUUACCAUAGUAACCAAGGGCUGGCACUCGGGGAGUCGGUCACUGGCCGCGCCGGGCAUGUUGGAGGAGCUGUUCACAUCUACAACCAGGUGACAUCCAGCCGGGCAGCUGCCCACUUAGCAGGCACAGACUCCCCCUCCCAGUCCCAGAGAGACUCGUUUGCCCAGCAGGCCCACGGCAGCGCCUUCCACAUGCCCUCUGAUGGCGGACCUGCACCUGCUGGUCCAUCCAUGUAUUACUCGUGUGCCACUUUGCCCGCCCAGCGGGUGAGCUCCCCCCUGCAGGCGCUGGGAUCCCCGACCAAGCUGCAGCGCCUGGGAUCAGCCUCAUCCGACAUGCCCAGCUACGCCACGCUCCAGAGGGUGUCUUCACCCAAACAGUCGCCCAGCCGACUCGCCAAGUCCUACAGCACCUCAUCGCCCAUCAACAUGGUCGCCGCCGGCUCCUCCUCCCCUCUCCCCAUGACAGCCUCCCCGGGGGGGAACCACCUUUCGUCGCCCAUCCACCAGCUGAGCUCGGUGGUGGGCAGCUACGCCACCCUGUCGCCCACCAAGAGGAUGCUGCAUCACAUCGGAGGGGAGAGCUACAAGAUCUCCCACGAGCUGUACGCCAACGCUACCCUGCAGAGGCCCGGGAGCCUGGCAGGUCGAGGCUCCAGAGGUUCCUACAGCAGCCAGCACAGCCACCUGGGCUCCGAGCUCCGACCCCUGCAGUCCCCUGAACACCACAUCGACCCCAUCUACGAGGACCGAGUCUACACCAAACCCAACCUGAGAGGACAAGUGGUGAACCAGUUGUACCAAGAGGUGCUCAACUAUCUGCUCUUUCCCUACGCUCCUCUCCCUGCUUUAGCCCCGCCCUCCCCCGGUGUCGACCCAAUCCCCUUGCAGCGAACAGGAAGCCAGAGCGCCACCGCCACCUUUCAGAGAGGGAGCUUUGCCACGGGAAGCGGAGCGGCCGACUAUGCCAACCCAUACCGCACUCUGCAGUUCUGCCCGUCCACCGAGUCGCCCUACAGCAAGUCGGGCCCCACCCUCCCCCCCGAGGCCGCCCUGGGCCGGUCUCCAUCAGUGGACAGCAUCCAGAAGGACCCAAGGUACGACCCAGAAUUCCUUGUGUGGAAUCAAAAUCAAGCCGAGCAAAGAAUGACAAAGGAGUUCGGCUGGAGGGAUCCAGAGCUGCCUGAGGUGAUCCAGAUGUUGCAGCAUCAGUUUCCAUCAGUCCAGUCUAACGCUGCUGCCUACCUCCAGCACCUCUGCUUCGGAGACAACAAGAUCAAAUCUGAGAUCCGGCGGCAGGGUGGUAUCCAGCUGCUGGUGGACUUGUUGGACCACCGGAUGACCGACGUGCACCGCAGCGCCUGCGGAGCCCUGAGGAACCUGGUCUAUGGAAAAGCCAACGACGACAACAAGAUCGCCCUGAAGAACUGCGGAGGCAUACCGGCUCUGGUCCGACUGCUGAGGAAGACCACAGAUGUAGAGAUCCGAGAGCUGCUCACAGGUGUACUGUGGAACCUGUCAUCAUGUGACGCCCUGAAGAUGCCCAUCAUCCAGGAUGCUCUGGCUGUGCUGACCAAUGCUGUGAUCAUUCCGCACUCGGGCUGGGACACCUCCCCUCAUACACAGGAGGACCGCAAGCUCCACCUACACUCCUCCCAGGUUCUCCGCAAUGCCACGGGCUGCCUGCGGAAUGUGAGUUCAGCAGGCGAGGAGGCUCGGCGAAGGAUGAGGGAGUGUGAGGGCCUGACAGACGCUCUGCUCUACGUCAUCCAGACCGCCCUGGGGAGCAGUGAGAUUGACAGCAAGACUGUAGAGAACUGCGUGUGCAUCCUGAGGAACUUGUCGUACCGUCUGGCUGCAGAGACGUCUCACAGCCAGCAGGGGGGGUCGGAGGAGCUGGACGGUCUCUUAUGUGACACCGGCGGGAAGGACGCAGAGAGUUCUGGCUGCUGGGGCAAGAAGAAGAAGAAAAAGAAGGGACAUGACCAGUGGGAUGGCGUCGGCCCGUUUCCAGACUUGGCAGAGCCCCCGAAAGGCAUCCAGAUGUUGUGGCACCCCACCAUCGUCAAGCCUUACCUCACUCUGCUGUCUGAGUGCUCCAACCCAGACACCCUGGAGGGAGCAGCUGGGGCUCUGCAGAACCUGGCUGCUGGCAGCUGGAAGUGGUCGGUGUAUAUUCGUGCUGCUGUGCGUAAAGAGAAAGGUCUCCCUAUCCUGGUGGAGCUGCUGAGGAUAGACAACGACCGCGUGGUUUGUGCCGUGGCCACUGCGCUGAGAAACAUGGCUCUGGACGUCAGGAACAAGGAGCUCAUCGGUAAAUAUGCCAUGAGGGACCUGGUGCACCGUUUGCCCGGAGGAAGCAACAACAACAACACCAGCGGUGGGGGCAGCGGAGGCAGCAACGCCAGCAUCCUGAUGGGGAAGACCAUGUCAGACGACACUAUCACGGCGAUCUGCUGUGCGCUGCACGAGGUCAUCACCAAGAACAUGGAGAACACCAAGGCCCUGAGGGACGCCGGGGGAAUCGAGAAGCUUAUUGGUGUGGCCCGCAGCAAAGGAGACAAAAUUCCCAGACAUAGUCCGAAGGUGGUGAAAGCAGCGUCUCAAGUGUUGAACAGCAUGUGGCAGUACAGAGACCUGCGCAGCCUCUACAAGAAGGAUGGAUACUCCCAGUACCAUUUUGUGGGCUCGUCCUCGACAAUAGAGAGAGACAGACAGCGACCUUAUUCCUCCUCUCGCACGCCGUCCAUCUCUCCCGUACGGACCUCACCCAACAAUCGAUCAGCGAGCGCCCCUGCUUCCCCAAGAGAGAUGAUGGCGUUGAAGGAGAGGAAGGCAGACUAUGAGUCGACUGGCAAUGCCAGUUACCAUGGCAGCAAGGGCGAACACACAUCCCGGAAGGACGGCAUGGCAGGUCAAAUGUCCACUGGUUCCUCCACGCUACUCAGAGGAGCUUACGUGUCGCCCACUGACGACCUCAAGUACAAUCAGAUCUCUUCUCAAGGCCUUCCGUCAGAGCCCUACCCUCCUUUCCAGAACCCUCCACCUACCGACAGCAGCUACGAGGACCAGGCUUUCUACGAGAAUCAGGUCCACGCGGGAGGGCGCCCCCCGCAGGGUGACCUCAAUAUGCACCUGCAGGGCCUCAAGUCCACCGGCAACUAUGUAGACUUCUACUCAGCCUCACGGCCCUACAGCGAGCUCAACUACGAGACCAGCCACUAUCCAGCCUCACCAGACUCCUGGGUCUGAGAGGAGACGAGGGCAGGGGUGAGGAGGAGGAGGAGGAUGAAGGAGAACAAAAUAGUAAAGGGAGAAGAUGAGAGGACAGUUCCCCUCCCUCCUCAUCCUCCCCUGUAGUUACUGAGUAGCAUCAUAGGUAGCAGGACGACGGAGGGGGAGGAUGAAGCAUGAAAGAAGAGACCUGAGGAGAAAAUCUAAGACAUUCACUCGUCUGAGGGAGGAGCGGGGGGGGACCAGGAGUAGACAUGCAUGUGCAUGCACACCACCAACAACAGCGACGGACACAUUUUCUUUCUGUGUUUAGUUUGUGACCUCCUGCACCUGAAGGAAAGAGGGACGGACCCGCUGAAGAGAACAUGGAGGACAGGAAGAAGAAGAAGUGGGACAUACGGAGAGGAAGAAGGACAGUGAAAGAGAAAGAUGGUACCGGGGUGGAAGGGUUUUGGAUUUAGGGUGGAGAAACGUGUACAUAUGUGGUGUAGUAACAUGGCUUUUUAGUAAUGUGAAGCACAAGAAGCAGAGCUGUAGGACAUGUAGGACGUCUGUCACACAAACUUUACUUUCUCUCUUUGGCUUCAGCUUGAUGUUUCCUCCUCUGGACGAAGAACGCGUCAGGACUUUGUCAUUUGUAACAGGUUUUAUUUUUCUUUCUACUUUUUUAAUUCUGGAUUCCUGUUGUAUAGUAUUUGAUGUACACUGUACAUUUCCUGGGAUGCAUUGUGUACUGUACAUUGCACUAUUUUUUGUGUCAUGUCAGGACUUUCAAGCUCACCGACUUUCCUGCUUUUACACACACAAACACACACCAUAGCUGCACUCAGACGUUUGAAACUCACAUCUCAGCUAGAGGCGGAUGCUAACGUGUCGCUAAUGUGAAAUGGGUGUGGAGAAAUUAAUUGUGGUAGGUCACGGUGCUCCUUAUACUGCCCUACAGAUGGUGUACACUGACCAGACCAAGCUCUCUUUCCUCAUUAACUCCUCAAAAAAGCCCCUUUUCUUUCCCAUGAGCCCCUCUGUUGACUGAACUCAUUGUGUAUAUAACCGUGCCAAACGAGGGUGACUUCCCCUCAGCUGAUUAAGGCAGGGAGGGAGGUAAAGGGGGGCGUGUUCAAGGGUCCAAAUUCAGCCGAGGCUUUAGACUAAACAUCCUUACAGUUCUAACGAUGCCAGUUUGUAAAUGCUUUGGUUUUUCUAAACUGUGUUUUACUGGGAUGAAAACUGUCUUACUGCACCGAGGACUGUGGGGAGAAAACAAAAAGAAAAACUGGAAUAAAAAAAGGAACAAAAACAAAAAAAACACAGAGGAACGGAGACAGCGGGCGGAGCUCCACGUCCUCCAAAGUUGUACAAAAUUAGUUGAUUUCUGUGUUGUAAAAUAAUCAAUGUUUGAAGAAAAAAAAAAAUCUUUUCUGAGAGAUGGGCGGCAAUUCUAACUUCAUGGUAGACAAAACUGUUAAUAGAGUACGGAUAUAUAUUAUAUAAUAAAUAUAAAAAUAUACUUUUUAUGUGCAGGUUGUGGAUGUCACUUAUAGCAGCAACAUUAUGGAAAAAGACUUGUAAAGAAAACAGCUACAUGUAGGAAUUCUGUUCACGUUUCAUUUCCUGGUCAACACACUAAUCUGUGGACUUUGUGUAGUAAUGUUGUUGCUAUGUGGAGUAGAGUAGACCAGGGCCCCGGGGAUCCACGUUGUCACUUAGGCCGUUUCAAAAGGUGCUACAUCCGUGAGAAGUAUUUCCAACAUGUCUGUAUUUUAACUGUGCACAAACUGUUUGUUUCCCUCUGCAGCCCAAACAAAUGAUUGCCCAUGGGACGUCCCACCUGAGCGUCCUAAACCACAUUAGAGACAACCGUGCCCCCAUGCAUGAAAACCCCCCUCACUUCAGAUCAAUUGGUCACGUUAAAGCUGAACAGCUCAAACCAAGAACGCACAAGUAUUUGUUGUCAGUAAAUCAGGAAGUACACGUUUUUAAUAUGAGAAAGGCUGACAACAGACCCUGGUUCUCCCGCCCUGUGCUGUUUGAGAAGUCCUAAAGGUCAUCAUGGAAAAUGACUGCUGUCCCUAAACACACGCACACACACACAAACACACAAACAAACAAACAAACAAACACUGGAUGAUGAAAAGCUGAACUGCUGUAUUUGUUAGUGAGCAUUUGGAAACUGACAAUGUCAUGUAUGUCCUUGUGAUCCUUAGGCAGAAAAAAAAACUGACUAUAAGACGUAUAUGGAGAUAAAACGUCGGUGACCUUUUUGUUGCUAGACCAAAUGUGUUUUCAAAAGAGAAUUGUGAAUCUUUCUAUUGCCUCAAACAGAUUGCAACUGCUCCAAAAAAAUAUAAACAGACCAUCGAAGAA